AUGGAUAAAGUGAAAUCUAUAUUAACCAAAGCAUUGGGUGAAAAAGCUGCGACAGAUUUCAUACAAGUUUGCAUGGAAGUCGAUGAUACUCAAGUAAUUAAAAGACGCGUGUCCACUCUACUAGAUACUCGCAAGGUGGAGAAUCGUCAAGUUUAUGAAAUUCUGAUACGAGAAAAUAUUCGAAGAAGUGGAUUUACUAACGAGGGAUAUCGCAAAUCUAGUUGUAGUUCAGAUGUUUUAAAUAAUUCAUUCACAUCUUCCGACAACAUUUUGAAUUCAGAAAAGAUAAAUGCAGGGCAAUCGACAUCACAAACUACUAAGAAGAAAAAACAAAAAACAAAGUUCUACCCAUUAUUUUGUGAAGGGGCUCAAAGUGAUCAACUUGUUUCCCGCCUACCUGGUCGACAUCCUUGUCAGUGCUUAGCAACUAAGCAUCAGUUAGUCAAUAAUUGUGUUAGUUGUGGUCGGAUUGUUUGUACACAGGAAGGUUCAGGUCCAUGUUAUUAUUGUGGAAGUCUUGUUUGUACAAGAGAAGAGCAAGAUCAAAUAUCAUUAGGAACUAAACAGAGUGAAAAACUCCGUAAUAAACUUUUGCAAGCAGCAUGGGCACCUGGCACGGAAACCCCAUAUUAUCGACUUGUCCGUCGGGCUAAUAAAUCAAGACAAAAACCAAGUUCUGAAAUCAUCUCUACCGAGUUGAAUUCAAGUAUUGAACCAGAAAGUGAUACUGAUGCCGAAGACCUAAUACCAAAGCCUGUCUACGGAGCUCAAACUCGUUUGGAACAAGGUUUAAUAAAUGCAUUAUGUAAUCGUGAUAAACUUUUGGAGUUUGACGCUACCUGUGCUAGACGAACUAGAGUUAUUGAUGAUGAAUUAGAUUAUUUCGCAACAGAGGGUGGUGCUGGAUCAGCUGCUUGGUUAAGCCCUGAAGUUCGUGAAAGGAUAGCCCAACGUGUAAUUGAAUUAAAAUCCCAAAGGCAUGCACAUCGUCUCCAAUCUGCACGUAUGUGUAUUGACCUGGAAAAGUGUGAUGUUAUAAAAGAGGAUACAAGAGAUGAAGCUGCUGGGAAACUGUACAAUCCAAGUCAAGAAGAAUUGGAUGAGCUUUGUAAACCUUCAGCUAUUUCAAAUGCCAUUCAGUCUUCCGGAGAUAUUCAAAAGACAGUUAACUCAAAUAUUGAUGAAAUAACCUUGCCUACUUUCAUACCUCAGUCUAUGGAUACAAAAACCUACACAGUUAAUAAUGAUUUAAAUCCGGUGAUUAUGGCUUUAAACCAAUCAACCUCCCUUUUACGAAUACAAGAUGAUGAAUCAAGACAACUUGUUGAUGAAGGUUAUUGUUUGAGUCUACAUCAACCUUGGGCUUCAUUAUUAGUACGCGGAAUCAAGUUGGAAGAAGGGAGAACAUGGUAUACUCCAUAUCGUGGAUGUCUGUGGAUAGCAUCUACAGCACGUAAAACUGACCCAGAUGAAAUCGCUCAAAUAGAGAAUGAAUAUUUGAAGGCUGGUAUUCCUAAAUCAGAUAUGCCAACAUCAUAUCCUACAAGUUGUCUUCUUGGUCGAGUUAAUAUUGUAAAUGUAAUAACUCAAGAAGAAUAUCGUGAAAAGCAACCAAACGGAUCGUCACAGAGUCCUUAUGUGUUCAUUUGCUCAAAUCCACAAGAAACUUUAAUUAAAUUCCCGAUACGUGGAAGGCAUAAAAUAUAUAAACUAGAAAAACAUAUGCAUAUUGCGGCGAAAAAAAACCUUACAUAA